CGCUUCUGCCCCCAGUGCGGCAACAUGUGGCAGCCCCGGGAGGCGCGCGCGACCGCCGCGCUCAUGCUCACGUGCCGCAACUGCGGCGACCCGGGCCGAAGCCGCGCGUUCCGCCCGACGUCGGCGCGCGCGUACUCGAAGGUCUACGAGAACCGGUUGAAGAAGGAGGUGUCGACGCGCCUCGACACGAUCUCCGCCGAGGUCGUCCAGGACCCGACGCUGCAGCGGUCGGACCACGUGAGCUGCGACGCCUGCGGCCACCACACGGCCGUCCUCUUCCAGGCCGAGAGCGGCGUCACCGCCGUGAGCCUCAGCCUCAUCUUCGUCUGCUGCGCGUGCGGCAACAAGUGGGUC